GCCGGCCGGAAGCGAAGGCCGAGAGGAGAAUGGCGGAGGGGGAGGUGUCCGAGGGCUGCCGCCUGCCCGUGCUGCGCCGUAACCAAGACAACGAGGAUGAGUGGCCGCUAGCCGAGAUCCUGAGCGUGAAGGACAUCAGCGGGAGGAAGCUGUUCUAUGUGCACUACAUCGACUUUAACAAGCGCCUGGACGAGUGGGUGACCCACGACCGGCUGGACCUCAAGAGGGUCCAGGUGCCCCGGAAAGAGGCCAAGACCCCCACCAAGAACGGCCUGCCCGGCUCCCGGCCCGGCUCCCCCGACAGGGACCCGAAGCGCAAGGUCGAGGUUGUGUCUCCGGCCACGCCCGUCCCCGCCCCCACCGAGACCUCCCAGGCCUCCGUCUUCCCCCAGGACUCCCAGGACUCGUCAGAUGGGGCCCCCUCGGCGCCCAGGAUGACCGGGAGCCUCGUGUCUGACCGCAGCCACGACGACAUCGUCACCAGGAUGAAAAACAUCGAGUGCAUCGAGCUGGGCCGGCACCGCCUCAAGCCCUGGUACUUCUCCCCCUACCCCCAGGAGCUGACGGGGCUGCCGGUGCUUUACCUGUGCGAGUUCUGCCUCAAGUACGGCCACAGCCUGCGCUGCCUCCAGAGGCACCUGAAAACCCUUUACUACGACACCGACCCUUUCCUGUUCUACGUCAUGACCGAGUACGACUGCAAAGGUUUCCACAUCGUGGGCUAUUUCCUGCAGGAGAAAGAAUCCACUGAGGAUUACAACGUGGCCUGCAUCCUGACCCUGCCCCCGUACCAGCGCCGGGGCUACGGCAAACUGCUCAUCGAGUUCAGUUACGAGCUCUCCAAGGUGGAGGGCAAGACGGGCACCCCCGAGAAGCCGCUCUCGGACCUGGGGCUGCUCUCGUACCGCAGUUAUUGGUCCCAGACCAUCCUGGAGAUCCUCAUGGGGCUCAAGGCCGAGGCGGGCGAGCGGCCCCAGAUCACCAUCAAUGAGAUCAGCGAGAUCACGAGUAUCAAGAAGGAGGACGUGAUCUCCACGCUGCAGUACCUGAACCUCAUCAACUACUACAAGGGUCAGUACAUCCUGACGCUCUCUGAGGACAUCGUGGAGGGUCACGAGCGGGCGAUGCUGAAGCGGCUCCUGCGCAUCGAUGCCAAGUGCCUGCACUUCACCCCCAAGGACUGGAGCAAGCGGGGCAAGUGGUGAGGCCACGCCCCGACCACACCCCGCCCUCCUCGUUACCUGGCACAGCUCAUUAAGCAACACCUGGCCCCGCCCACACCUGGCGCUGCAAAUCCUUUAUUGACCAUAAAAGGAGUGGGGCGUUACCAGGCCCCACCUGCAUU